CACUCCGGUUUGGUCAUACCGCGCGGACGUUUCUUACACAUUAAAGAAAAGUACAACAAUGAUUGGUGGAUCGGUAGGCUGGUUAAAGAAGGUUGUGAUGUGGGAUUCAUCCCAAGUCCCCUUAAGCUGGAGAACCUGCGGCUGUCACAUUCGCAGCCACGAUCCACCAAGAUAUACUCAACCAAAGCAAACUCUUCAUCGAAUCUCGGAGGCUUAGCUAAUGACAUUCUAAAUUCGAAAUCUCCAAGUUCCCGAGGAUCGACGCCUCCCACUCCAGGCAUGGACUCUGACCAAAAUGGCACGGACACCAUGGGUGGAAUGGGAGGAGACGAUAGCGACAGUCUUGGAAACUCCAAGGGAAACAUAACCAAGGGAAAUAUCACACCUGCCAAAGAGAAGCGGAAACCUUUCUUCAAGAAGUCGAAGUUCAGCAAGAAAUCGAAAGGAUAUUUGAGAUAGCGAGGACGCUACAGAAUCUUGUCAUCUUAGAUUGUGACACCAUCAAUCAUCCUUCACAGCUUGCCAAAACUUCAUUAGCUCCGAUUAUUGUGUACCUAAAAAUUGCUUCCCAAAAGGUUCUUUCAAGGUUAAUAAAGUCGAGAGGAAAGUCACAAAGUAGAAACCUUAACAUGCAGCUAGUAGCUGCAGAGAAGUUGUCUCAGUGUAGUCAAGUCAGUGCAGACAUGUUCGAUGUAAUACUAGAUGAGAAUCAGCUGGAGGAUGCCUGCGAGCAUCUAGCCGAGUUCCUCGAGGCUUACUGGGGUGCGUCGCAUCCGCCGCUUCCCUCACGCAGCAGCCCCACGCACGGCCGCCGCAGCUCGCCCACCCACCACCACAUGCCGCAGUCGCCGACGAGCCUCCAUCGGACGCAGUCGUCGCCCGCGUAUCACGCGAAGCGUUCCCACGGCGACGGUCGCCGCGCGACGACUACGGCGACGACGAACCCGCGCGGCGGCGACGAACUGAGCGAGUCGCCGCCGGAGCGCGAGCGCGAGCGGCGCCACCACGACGGCGGCGGCGGCGGCGCGCGUGACCAGCGGCGCCACCACGAGGGGCGCGUGCGUGACUACGACGAGGAGCGCGACGCUGCGGCGGCAGCGGCGCGCUAUCGCCGCGGCGACUACGAGCGCUACGAGCGCGACUAUGACUAUGAGGACUACGGAGAGCCGCGCGGAGGCGGUGGCGGUGAUCGCUACGGCGGCGGCAAGCGCGGCGACGCGCAGGAGUCUGAACGCUUGUACCAGCGGCACGCGUCGCCUGGCCGCGGCGGCGCCGGCGGGGAGCGCUACAGCCGGUCUGGCCCGCCGCCGGACCUCAUGAUGUACAAGUGA